GGCCUCCCCUGGCCCAUCUCGCUGCCGAGCGCCCCAACGGCCCAACCCCGUCGCCCGUCUUGCUCCUCGAGCGAGCGCCGCCACCCCUCCCUGCCCAUCCCGCUGCCGAGCGCCCCAGCCCCCUCGCUCCGUCGCUCGUCUUCCUCCUCGCGCGAGCGCCUCCACCGCAGGAAGGCAGCUCCGUUCUGCGCCACACGAGGUUCCGUUGCGCGGUAGACAUGGGGAAGGGCGCACGAACUGUCCGCUAUGAGCCUGGGCCGUCAUUUGAAGAGAGCAGAAUGGAGGCCAUGCUUGACAUCUCACCGUCAGACUCAACAGAACUUUGGCUAAUGCAGUGGCCUGUAAACCAGUUAGAUGCUUCUGAUUUCCACGGUGAAGAAGUUUCUCUUAAACUACACCAUGAUGGAAAACUGGGCAGCUUGGAGAGUUCCUCAGGUAAAUCGUAUGAACUUGUCAGCUUUUCUGCUCAACAGCCAGAUGCUACUGUCUUCAUUCCAUCAGAAUCUGGAAUGAGAGCUGUGGGGAAGAUUUCCCGCAGAGUUUGCUUGGUUCGUUACCCUGAACCUGAAGAAUUUGAGAAAGAGAAACAAGGUUAUGGGAGUCUUACUCCUGGCAGUAGGAAAUCUGCAGCUUCUUCUAAGAAGACCAUGUCUCGGUUCACUGGUGCAUCGAAGAACCGCAGCAGCCAAGGAUCAGCAUUCUCACUGGGCCAACAGAGCGUAGAGCCGACCCCCAAACACAAGCAAAAGAGAAAGGAUGGAAGCAGUUUGGGACACUCAAACGUUUCAGGCAAAUCCUCCGAAGGAUCCAAGGUUCGUGGCGCAGAAAGCAACACGACCUCAGAGAUGCCGCAGACGUCAGGAGAGAAAUCCAAGAAGAAAAAGAAGGUUCGGAUUGAAGCGUAGCAGCAACAAUGGCAGCAGUCACUCGCCUUGGAGUAGUUGUCUUGUUUCCCCCAGACCGGCGUGAUGGAUCUUGGUUAUCAAAAACAAGGCGGUAGUUUCUUCGUAUCUCCUUUUGCAAAUUGUGAUGUUUCUUUACGACAUGACGGCAGAGGAGGAUUCAUAACGACAACCUGAGAUACGGAAAUGCCCCACACACGACGAAAUUGUGAUGUUUCUUUAUUCACUGCAUUUAUCUCCUUCUGUGCUGAUGCCCUGUACGCCUGCCGCAUCAUCUCCCUCCAAUUCAGAAAGACAAAUUUGAUGCC